AUGAUACAAUGGCGAAUAGACAAUCAUGUUGAUUUGAUUCUUGAAGAUCAACUCAUGAUGCUUCGAAUGGAUAUCAUUCGAAAAAUGGCUCCGAGCGCUCAUCAUGGCUAUACAAAAGCUGGUCGACCAUUGUUUAUCGAAAAAUUCGGUCUAGUACAAGUGGAUAAGUUAUUGAAUCGAUUUACAUCAGAGGAAUUAAUCCAAUGUCAUAUCUAUUGGCUUGAAUGCUGUUGUCAGCGAGCAAGAGAACGUAGUCGACAACUAGGAAAACAUGUCGAAAAUUUUGCUACGAUUUAUGAUUUACAUGCCUGUAAAGUAGAGUUGACAAAAUUUCUUUAUGUAUUUAAACAAGCCGUUCACAUUGACGACAACUAUUAUCCCGAACGUCUAGGACAAAUAUUUCUUAUAAAUCCACCAAUGAUUUUUUCUAUUCUUUGGGAUUUAGCGAAAUAUUGGCUUGAUCCUGUAACGAAAACAAAAAUCCAUGUCAUUAAAAAGGGUCCUGAAACAUCAACAGUAUUAUUAUAA